GUGCGCGCCGGGAAACGUCUAGGCCAUCGAAUCGGCCGCACCGGGCCACGAUUCUCGUGGCGUGGCUCUGUUAUCGCCACCGUCAUUUUACCAACUGCCGGCCUUUUGCGGCCUGCGCUAAGAACAACCGUAGCGCCCUGGGCCGCCGGCCGCAUCUCAGGUCUCAGUCUGCGCUUGAACAUUGCGCACGGCGCACUACGUACGGCAGAGUGUACCCGCUGCGUGAACUGCUGCGGAUCAACCGGGUGCACCUCUCAGGCAGUGCAGUCGAUCGAUCGAGUCGAUCUCUCUAGUGUUAAACCCUCUGUAAAGCGAGGUUCACGUGUAGACACGUGCGUGUCUGUGUCAGGUUGUGCAGGACAAUUACAAUCAACCCGGGGGAGCUCGAAACGGUGUGGCUACAACAGAAAGCGUUGUUGGCGUUGUUGCACAAAACCAUGCAAAAGUCAAAGCGACAGCGGCUUGGCCAUCGGGCGCGAACCAUCCUGUACACGCUGGUUGUUUCGCUCAGCUAUGUGGGUGCGGGUGCGAUGGUGGGCUGGAGUGGCAGUGGUUUGCAUCAUGGCACCACCGAUCGGAAGCUGACGGAACAGCUGACUAACGGGACCAUCUCGCUGAUCGCGAUCCCGGCCGCCGUACUGACCGUAACGGCCUGCCUGGUGCACCGCUGGUACUACUGGAUCGGCACCAAGAGCUUUCUGCUGGCGGCCGGCCUGCUGGGCGUCUGUUCGGCUCUCCUCGAGGCGCUGGCCACCACGUUCUGGUGUGCCAGUGCGUCGCGCAUUCUAGCCGGGAUCGCGGCCGGCAUUACGCUCACCCUCGUGCCCGGCUACGUGGACGAUUUUGGCAGCGGCAGUGGCGGCGGUGGCGGCCUACGAGUGUUGCAGGGCGAGCUGUUGGCGGCCGCCUUCCCGCUCGGCGUGCUGGCUCGUUUUCUCGUCGCGUUGCUUCCCGGUUCGAUGAUCGGUCACAACACCAGCGCCAUCCUGUGUGGUACCCUGUCGGGGCUCUUCUUUCUCACCGGUCUGCUACUGCCGGAAUCCGCACGCUACCUGUGUGCCACCGGGCAGGUGGAGCGGGCUACGGAAGCCCUUCAGCGUACGUACCCUACGGGCACACCAGCCGCCCGCCAGUCCAUGGAGGGUGUGAUCGCCCGCUGGCAGCUACCGGCGGCAUUCGGAUUACGGCCGCCCGGUCUCCUGGAGGCCGUCGUCCGGCAGGGCAACCUGAUGCUGCUCGUACCGCUGCUGGCCCUGUUUGCCUUUCAGGCAUCGGUCGGUGCCGUACCGUUGCUGUUCUAUCUGCACGACGUGCUACCGCAGCUCGGCAUCAGCACCGAGCCGGGACCGAGUGGGGGUCCGUCGGCCGGCACGGUCGCCGUCCUGCUCGCCGCGGUGUUCGCGUUCGCCGGUCCGUUGGCCAGCUGGCUGGCACGGCACCGGCAUCGGGCGGGCUCGUACCCCCACCGGACGCUGCUGCUCUCCAGCACGUUGCUGAUGGCGCUCACGAUGCUGGUGCUCGGCUGGCACUGUCACGUACGCGGGACGCACUCCGCCCAGCCGAACAACUUUGUGGCCGGCCGGCACGGUUCGAUCGUGGCGCUCGCACUGUUCUACGCCUGCAACGCCGUCGGUUUCCAGCGGGUACCGUGGGCGCUGCUCGAUGCGGAAGUGCAACCGGAUCUGCGGUUUCCGCUCCGUACGCUCGCCACCGUCAUCAGCUGGGCGAUGGUGUACCUGACGGUGCGCCUGUUCCCCAUCCUGCUCCGCACGAUCGGUAUCGGGUGGCUGUUCUGGAAUGCGGCCCUCGUCGCGCUGUUUGCCGUCGCCGUACUGAUCCUCACGCUACCACGCGGUGACUACGAGGGGCACCGGAAACUCGGCAACGAUCUGUCCUCAUCGUCCUCCGCCUCGUCCGCCACGUCGCCCUACUGCCCGAGACCGUGCGCGCACUGUUGCGUCUGCAGCCGAACCCUGGCACCGCUCGGUCCCAGUGCCCCACCGCCAGCCACGCUUGCGGUUCAGACACCACCACCAACCGAUGCAGAGUGCGGUGCAUCGUGAGCAGGAGCACUAGGAUGCUAGUAGUAGUAGUAGUAGUAAUACACCGCGGUGCGGUACAACGGGCCAACGGGUGUCCUCUCAACUACCACUUUUGGAAAGCAAUCGAUGCACGAGCGACCAGAGGAGAAGCGACUAAAACGACCCGCGGUUCGAGGAGAAGGUGGAUGGAGUGGUUACUAGUGGUGUGAGCGCCAGAAGAGUCUAUAACACACAAUCCUCCAGUAGUGGCUCCAGUUUUAUUGAACUAAUGAAAUGUACUAGUGAUAUUUUUAUUUUGUUGCAUGCGGAAGUCCGAAGUCCCAAAACAAUAUUAGCAUUAGCUACCCAAACUAACGCCACAAUACUACGCAAAUAAGCCGCCAGUAUCGUUCGGUCAUCAGUAGACAAGCUUAAAAUUUGGCAAUUUGUGCGAUGUGCAAGUGUUCAUCGAUGCGGGAAGGAAAAAAAAGCGGGGCUAGAACACAAAUCAAUUUCACUUGAUUGUGGAUAGGACGAGUUUCGGUGUGUCGGUGAAAGACUGACGUGAGUCAACAAGUCGUAAGUCAAGCAAAGUAAAUCAAGCGAACCAUCAGGCGGCAAAUGGCGCCGAGCAAAGAGCCGUUUUUGCCAAUACCGAAAAUAGUAAUAGAGAUUCGACUCGAAAAAUGUUUUUUAAUCUGUCGGCGUCGAGUUGAUAUUUCAUUCAAUCACUGCUAGCAGAUAAGAAGACUGUUGCGUCUUGCUGUCGACAACGGUCGACAGUACGACGGUACAGUCUUAUCUGACCCAGGCUCCUCCUGCCUCUUGCAAAACGGUCCCUACAGUAUACAUUCUGACCGAAAGCGAAUGCAAGCAAAGAAGAAAAACUAACCAGCGUUGGUGGAUUCAUGAUUUUUUUUUUUAUUAGAUGAUCUAAUGGUGUUCCCCCUUCCCCCCCUCUCCCCACGCACCCCUUUCAUUAGCCAGGAUCUUUUUCCUCCCUUCCUGACACUGCACUACACUGCACUGCACCCACUUGCCACUCGUUCUCGGUUUCGGCGUUGCAUUCGGCAGAAGUGUAUUUGGUGUAUUUCCGUCUCUACCCUUGCCCCAUUUCCCUUUUCUCCCUCCCUCCCUCCCUUCCUACUCCUGCUGGUCGCCAAUCUAGAGGCUAAGUUAGGUAUUAUGAGAGGCUUAGGGUGGUGCUUGCCUGCUGUUCGCAGUUCGUCGCGGUUUUCUCUGCACGAGAAGCGAGGAAGAAAGAGUGAGCAUGAGUGUGUGUGUGUGUGUGUGUAUAGGUGUGAAAACGGAAACAAAAAAUCGAAAACCAAUAGAAGAAAUCAACCAAUGCACACACACACACAC